UUUCCCCGAUUUUCAGUCCUCCGAUCGCAGUUUAGUCUAGCAACUUGGCUCAGUCGCAGUCCGAAUUCCAAAUCUGUCGCGACAGUAAACGCGAGUGCGGAUCAGAUCAGUCUGUAAGGUUUAUGCCCAAUUUGACGCUAAUUUCAGCUGACUGCUGUUAGCCAAAUAAAAGUGCGCGAGUGUGUCUUUGCAUUAAAAAGUCCCGAUUUCGGUGCUGUGAUUGCCCCUUCAGUUGACUGCGACAGUUGCAGAUAAGAGGUCGUUUGAAAAACCAUGACCAUCAAGUGCGCCCAGCUGGUGGGCCUAUUGGCCCUGCUAAUGGGCGUGGCCAGCGUCAUCGAUCCCACCAUAAAACGAGACUUCCCGGGUCCGUACUGCGAAAUGCGCAACACCUGCUGCAAGGAACGGCACGAUGGCUGUUCGCUACCCAUCGCUAACACUCUUUGCUACUGCGAUGAGUUCUGUGACCGCGACGACUCGAGCGACUGCUGCCCGGACUACCGCUCCUUCUGCUUCGGGGAGGCGGAUCCGGUGGUCGCCUGCCUGCACGAGGGCACCUACUUCACCAAGUUCAACACCACGUUUGACAACUGCAACGAGUGCCGCUGCCUGGACGGCGGCCGGGUGCAGUGCGACACGGACCUGUGCCUCACCGACGACGAGCUGAUCAACGGCGUCAACUCCAUCCACCAGCUGGGCUGGUCUGCCCGCAAGUAUCCAGAAUGGUUGGGCCGCAAGUACGCCGAGGGUCUGCGUCUGCGUCUGGGCACCAAGGAGCCCACGUAUCGCGUGAAAUCGAUGUCCCGCCUGAAGAACCCAGCCGACGGUCUGCCCCGAUCCUUCAGUGCCGUGGACAAGUGGUCCAGCUACAUUUCGGAGGUGCCCGAUCAGGGCUGGUGCGGUGCCUCCUGGGUGCUGUCCACCACCUCGGUGGCCAGCGACCGGUUCGCCAUCCAGAGCAAGGGCAAGGAAUCCGUCCAGCUGUCCGCCCAGAAUAUCCUCUCAUGCACGCGCCGCCAGCAGGGCUGCGAGGGCGGACAUUUGGACGCCGCCUGGCGCUACCUGCACAAGAAGGGCGUGGUCGACGAGGGCUGCUAUCCGUACACCCAGCACCGCGACGCCUGCAAGAUCCGCCACAACAGUCGCUCGCUGCGGGCCAACGGCUGCCGUCCGGUGGGCAACGUGGACCGGGACGCCUUCUACACCGUGGGCCCGGCCUACAGUCUCAGUCGCGAGUCCGACAUCAUGGCCGAGAUCUAUCAGUCCGGCCCCGUCCAGGCUACCAUGCGGGUGUACCGCGACUUCUUCGCCUACUCGGGCGGCGUCUACCGCCAGACGGCGGCCAAUCGUGGAGCACCCACUGGCUUCCACUCGGUCAAGUUGGUUGGCUGGGGCGAGGAGCACAACGGCGAUAAGUUUUGGAUUGCGGCCAACUCGUGGGGCCCGUGGUGGGGCGAGCACGGCUACUUCCGCAUCCUGCGCGGCUCCAACGAGUGCGGCAUCGAGGAGUACGUGCUGGCCUCCUGGCCCUUCGUCUACAACUACUACAACGUGAAGUCGGCCUAAUGGGACGGCCUACGCCUCGCACCGAGCAAUCUCGAGCUAUAGCUAUGCAGAAACGAAAACAAAUUUAUCUCAUGCUUCAAAAUUUUCCAUUUGCUAAAUAGCACUCAAAGUGAAUUAGGCGCUUCUAUCUGUAAUGUUUAUGCUUAGAACCUAGUGACUAAAACCGAUUAGCUUUAAGUUGCGCAAACGCACCAUGUUAACUGCCCGCAGUACCAGGCCUGUCCCUGUCCCUAACCACUUUUCUCACCCACUAACUGGUCUCGAAGCAACACGAAACUGCCACUAAACCACCGCUCCAUCCCCCCAAAAA